AAACUGACAACGAAUAGCAAUGAAGGGGGCCCCUAAACCUGCAGCGCCCAGGGCCCGAAAUUAGGUUAAACCGGUAGCGGUACUGUCUUUGGGGUAUUGUUAUGCAUUGAGUAUUUAAAAUAAAAACAUGAAAUGUAUUUAAAAUGAAGAAUUUGUGUACGGUAAAUGUUUUAUUAAGUUGCUCAUAUUACGUACAUAUGUUUCAAUACAUACAUAUGUUUUUAUUACGAAUUUUAGAUGAUGAUUUACUUUAUUUUUUAUGAAAUUUUAACCUUCAACGAACACCCACCACUGGCAACCCAUUGUUAUUUUUGACGUGACCGCCAUGUUUCUGGUGACAAACAAACAACAAACCAAAAACUGGCUUCACUUUUGGAACGUGUGUGUUAAAUGGGUGUUACCCGUCCUCUCUUUUUUCCUUGUCUAAGAUUCUACCAAAUCACACAACACUUUUUUCUAUGUUCGCCAGAUGUGUACGCGCCUUUAAUUAAAUAAGUGCAGCUCCCAGCUGGCAGCUGCUAGCUCGCUGCUCGGCUCGGAUGAGGCUCGCUCUGCCUGCUCACUGGCAUAGUGGAUAGUGGCAGGCAAACGCCAAAACAAAAAAGUAAAUAGUAAAAAGACCAAAAGUGAAAAAGCAAAAAUCAUAGAGCAAAAUACAACCACAAAUUGAAAUUGGCUAAUAAAAUCAAUUUUAAUAAUAUGGAAACAAAUCAAGAAGCUGGUGUGAAAACUUGUAAAGUAGAAACAGAUAUUGAGCCAUUUGAUGGUUCCUUAGUAAAGUAUAUUGAUAGUGUGAAGACUUGUAAAAUAGAAACAGAUAUUGAGACAUGUGAUGAUUCCUUGGAUGGCUUCAAAAUUGAAAUCAAGGAAGAGCCCAAAAGAGAAUGUGCAUCCGAAGAUGAAGCAUUUGAUUAUUUAGACUUAAAAGAAUUCCCCCUAAAAACUGAAGCAGAACAAGAUGAUGAAUAUAAAUUGACACUAUUUGAAGAAAACCAAACAACAAAUGAAGAAAGUGGUUCCCAAGAGGAGAAUCGAAUGGAAAUCAAGGAAAUGUCACAUUCAUCUCAUGAAGUAACAGCUCAACAUACUGAAGGAAAAAUAUUAAAUAAAAAUAAGAAAGUUGCGGGUGGACACAGACCUUACAACUGUGAAAUUUGUUUAAAGCAGUUUCGUCAUGCAUCACAUUUGAAGGUUCAUAUGAGAAUACACACUGGCAAGAAGCAUUACAAGUGUGAAAUUUGCUUAAAGCAAUUUUCUCGAAGGGCUUGUUUACCUCGACAUAUGAAAAUUCACACUGGAGAAAAACCUUCCCAGUGUGAAAUUUGUUUAAAGCAGUUUAUCCAAAAGAGUAAUUUGGAAAGACAUUUGAGAUUGCACACUGGGGAACAGCCUUACAAGUGUGAAAUAUGUUUUAAGAAAUUUACUAAAUCAGAGAGUUUGAAAAAGCAUUUGAGAGUGCACACUGGAGAAGAGAAUUACAAAUGUGAAAUUUGUUUUAAGAAAUUUACUGUACCACACAAUUUGAAAAGGCAUUUGAGAGUCCACACUGGCGAAAAGCCUAACAAGUGUGAAAUUUGUUUUAAGCAGUUUAGUCAUUCAUAUGAUUUGAAAAAACAUUUGCGAGUGCACACUGGAGAAGAACCUUACAAGUGUGAAAUUUGUUUUAAAAAGUUUAUUGAAUCAGGAAAAUUGAAAAGGCAUUUGAGAGUGCACACUGGAGAAAAGCCUUAUAAGUGCAAAAUUUGUUUAAAGCAGUUUUCUCAGAAAAGUCAUUUGAAUACACAUUUGAAAUUUCACACCGGGGAAAAGUUUUACAAGUGUGAAAGUUGUUUUAAGCAAUUUAGUCAUUCAUCUGAUUUGAAGAAACAUUUGCGAGUGCACACUGGAGAAAAGCCUUAUAAGUGUGAAAUUUGUUUUAAGAAUUUUACUGAAUCAGGAAGUUUGAAAAAGCAUUUGAGAUUGCAUUCUGGAGAAACACCUUACAAGUGUGAAAUUUGUUUUAAGCAAUUUAGCCAAUCAUAUGAUUUGAAAAAACAUUUGCGAGUGCACACUGGAGAAAAGCCUUACAAGUGUGACAUUUGUUUUAAGGGAUUUACUGAAUCAGGAAGUUUGAAAAGGCAUUUGAGAGUGCACACUGGAGAAAAGCCUUAUAAGUGUGGACGUUGCCCUAAGGAAUAUACUAAAUCAGAAAAUCUGAAAAAGCAUUUGAUAGUGCACACUGAAGAAAAGCCUUAAAAGUGUGAAAUUUGUUUGAACCAGUUUACUAGUUACAAGUAAUUUGAAAUCACAUUUGAAAGUGCACACUGGAGAAAAGCCUUAAGUAUGGUGUUAAAUGUUUUUAAAACAAUUGAGUAUUAAAAUCAUUUGAAGGCACAUUCGAGAAAAACAUUUGGGAACACAUACUUAAGAAAAACUUAAGAUGUGUGAAACUUAUUUCAGAAUUUGGCAUCAUUUAAGAAGUAUCUGAAUGUGACAAAGGCUGUCCUCAAAGACAAAUAACAUUUUCUCUAAUCCAAGCUAAACUAGAGGCUCUAUUAAAUAAUAAUACUAAUAAUCUCAUUAUUGUAAUUAUUGUCUGUUAGAUUUUGUAUAAUAUACACAUAUUAUGUGAAUAGAUAAACUGUGUCAAUAUUAAAUAAUUUAAAU